AUGGCUCGAGAGGAGCUGAUCACGUCGGCGGAUCCUUCUGUCUCGUCCGCGCCUCUGGAGAAGAAAGUUGCAUUCCUGCAGUCCAAAAACCUGACGCAGGAAGAGAUUGAUAUAGCCCUAACUAGAAGCGGCUCUUCUAGUCCAUCUACACCUGCGUCAGAGCAACAAGGCCGUGCAGUUGUCCCGUCACCGCCGCCAUACCGGGCUCCCCCAAACCAGAGCUAUGGAUACGGACAGGCUGGUCAAUGGGGUUACGCAACUCCUCCAGAGUAA